AUGGACUCCUCGUUUGAGAAACACGGCUUCGACGAGUCGGCGUUUGGGGACAAGGGGCUGGCAGGGCUGAGGACGUUUGACGCAUUUCCCAAAACCAAACCAAACUACACCGCUGCCACCGCCCGCGGCGGCCAAUGGACCCUCGCCAUUAUAAUCCUAUGUCUGUGCCUGACGGCCUCGGAGCUUCGCACGUGGUGGGCCGGCACUGAGACGCACCAUUUCAGCGUCGAGCGCGGCGUGGGCCAUGAAUUGCAACUGAACCUGGACAUCGUGGUGGCGAUGCCGUGCCGCGACUUGCACGUCAACGUCCAAGACGCGGCGAUGGACCGGAUCAUGGCCGGCGAUUUGUUGAAGAAGGAGGACACGAAUUUCGAGCUCUGGCUGGACCCGCGGAAACUCUUCAGGUUGAGGAAGAUGCAGCAGGGCAUGUACCACGGGCUGCACGAGGGGGAUCGUAAGAGGCAGAAAGCCGAAGAGGAGGAUUCCCACGUCGGCCACGUCCUGGGACACAUGCGCGAGAACAAAGGCCGCAAAUUCGCCCGGUCGCCCAAGCUGCAGAAACACAUGGCCGUCGACAGCUGUCGCAUUUACGGAUCUCUCGAGGGCAACAAGGUGCAAGGGGACUUCCACAUCACGGCGCGGGGCCACGGGUACAUGGAAUUCGGGAUGCAGUCGCACCUGGACCACAACCUGUUCAAUUUCUCACACCACAUCAACGAGCUCAGCUUCGGCCCGCACUACCCGAACCUGCUGAACCCGCUGGACAAGACGAGCGAUACGACAGAAGCGCACUUCAUGCGGUACCAGUACUAUCUGUCAAUCGUGCCCACCAUCUUCACGAAACGCAGAGUCUCCACGAGGAGCGGCAGCUUGGAUCCCGCCGCCGUCCCGCAACCGCCCACAUUGGACAUGACGCCCAACACGUCGCGCGACAAGGACGGCAUCAUUCGCCACGUCCCGCACCCGGAGUCAGGCCGGGACACCAAGUCCAUCUUCACGAACCAGUACGCCGCGCAGUCCCAGUCGCGCGAGGUCCCCACGUCGACCGUCCCGGGCAUCUUCUUCAAGUACGACAUCGAACCCAUCUUGCUGAUUGUCAGCGAGAGCAGGGCCAGCCUUCUGGGUCUGCUGGUCAGGCUGGUCAAUGUCAUCAGCGGCGUGCUGGUCGGUGGCGGGUGGAUGUUUUUGCUCUCCGAGUGGGCCGCUGAGGUCUGGGGUCGCAGAAAGCUGAGGAGGAGCGAGACGGGUCUCGGUGUCCUGGACGGCGGAUUCAAGGCAAACGGUGAUGCCAAUGGGGAUAUGAAGCAUUGA